AUGACGACUCGUACGACCCCGUCUAAUCAAAUCUAUAAUCCAUACUUACCUGCAGACCAGCAGCAGUAUCGGAAAGUAGCAUCAUCAUCAUCAUCAUCCGGAUCAGGAUCCACUGCCACUGCCACUGCCACUGUUUCUGUUUCUGUAGCACCAGCAGCAGGUCUUUUGUACUCCGGCACUAGUUCGGUUCCGCGGAGUGCAGUCACUGGCAGUCACCAUCACCCUGUAUCAACAAUAGUGAAUAAUAACCCUCAACCGUUGGGCGGAUCAGGCCCUGAAUCUCAGGGAUUAAAUACUUCCAGACCAAGAGUCGCAAGAAAGCAAGUGGUCCCAGCAAAGGGUAUUGUAAGACCACCAUUAUCUGCAUAUAGCGGACAUUCUCAACAAAGUGCUCAGGCUCAGCAACAGCAGCAACAGCAGCAGCAACAGCAGCAGCAACAGCAGCAGCAACAGCAGCAGCAACAGCAGCAGCAACAAGCUCAGCCGCAACUGGUCACUUCUCCACAAGCAACUUCAACUCCUCAGACCACUCAUUCGAGUCCUCAGAUGCUUUCACAAUCCCAGCAGAAUCAGCAGAAUCAGCAGAAUCAGCAGAAAGUAUCCUCCUCGUCCUCUUCCAAUAGUACCCAUCAGACAAGCCCGCGGACCAAUGGCUCGUCCCAACUCCACCCUCAUAUCCCUCUCGCUGAUACAAAACCUCCACCCCGCCGUCAGUAUUCUAACGAUACCAACGCGGCACGACUUCAAAGUGCAGCAGACGACAUUAUCCCGGGCGCAACUGGGGUUCUUGCACGCCCUGCAGAUGCCGUGGGAGUGGCUGCCAGCAAUACGACUCGCGAGCGUGGCCACCACCAUCGUUCUAGCGACUCUAACGGGGGCUCUGGUUCCGGAAUGGAUCGGUACCGUAAUAGACAAUCCUUAACAUCAGCCAGCUCUGUCUCGGUAACUGAUUCGAUAGGAUCCGUGGCUAAUGGUGGCCCACAGGAACUUACAGUGCAACAAUUUGAGGCUUCCAAACGAAAGGCACGAGCAAGACCGGCUGAUGCGGCGGCCCAACUUGAUUAUGCACGCAACCUCGUAGAGGCAUGCGCAACACUUGCUGGUCAAUACGCAGAUUCUGAAACUAUGGUGGGUGGGAUGCGGCGGCCUCCGGAUGCUGCAACAGAACGUAAAACUCGCGAAAUAUGGACCACCCGCGCACAUAAAAUCGUUAAAAAACUGGCGUCCCAUGGGGACCCAGGAGCAAUGUUCUUUCUCGCAGCAAGUUACGGGUCAGGUGGGCUCGGACUAGAGGUCGAUUAUGAAAAGGCUUAUGAGCUCUAUUACAAAGCAGCCCAUAAACACCAGCAUGCAGAAAGCGCAUACCGAGUGGCCGUGUGCAAUGAAAUCGGAGCAGGAACACGCAGAGACCCAAACAAGGCCAUGUUCUGGUACCGCCGUGCGGCACAGCUCGGAGACGUUAGCGCCAUGUACAAACUCGGCAUGAUUGCGCUCAACGGCGCGCUGGGUCAGGAACAGUCGUUUGCCGAGGGCGUCACCUGGCUUCAACGAGCCGCAGAACUUGCAAGUGCACAGAACCCGCACGCGGUCCAUGAGCUUGGACUUUUGUACGAGCGCGCAGACUCGUAUCCUGGCAACGUUCAGCAGGACAGUGCUGUGGGGCCUGAUGGUAACAAGCGGUUGCGGCCGAUAGUUGAAAGAGACGAGCGUCGUGCAUUGGAAUUAUUUGUUCGCGCUGCCAAACUCGGAUACCCUCCUGCACAAUUCCGACUAGGAUGCUGCUAUGAGUACGGAACCCUCGGGUGCGCAAUUGACCCCCGCAGAUCUAUCGCAUGGUACUUCCGGGCCGCAGAAAAGGGUGAAUCUGAAAGUGAGCUUGCUCUCAGCGGAUGGUACUUGACUGGUAGCAGUCGCGGCGGUGGCGGCGGAGGCGGCAGUGGCAGCGGCAGUGGUGGAGGAAGUCCUUCAGGCACCAAUGGUACGGGUGCGUUGACAGGUCCAAGAUCGACUGGCGGCGGUAAUGGCAAUGGCAGUAGCAGCGGUGGUGCUGGUGCUAGUGCUGGCGGUGUGGGGGAAACUAGUUUGGAGGACGAGGUUGUGAUUGAGCAAAGCGAUACCGAGGCAUACUUAUGGGCACGACGGGCAGCGGAAAAGGGACUUAGUAAGGCCGAGUAUGCUUUGGGGUACUAUACAGAGGUCGGUAUUGGGGUUCGUCCGGAUGUUGAGGGAGCCAAGCGGUGGUAUUUGAAGGCCGCUGCACAACGGCACCCCAAGGCUUUGGCUCGGUUACAGGAGCUGCGCCAGGAGCAGUUACAUAUACGUUGA